AUGGGUGUCAAUGGCUGGAUGUCUCGCAAGACUGCGAAUUGGUCGCAGUCUUGGUAUAUGAGCAAUACCGCUGUGCAGUAUGUCUGCGCUGCGUGCGGUGCAACCUCUGGCGUCUUCUUUAUUGUCGCCUUCAUUGUUGCCAACUUCAUACCUCCGACACACCCUUGGUGGACAGCGGAGCAAACGGCACACUUUUACCAAGACAACAAAACACGUAUCCGCGCCGGGGCUUCCAUUCUUAUGAUUGCUGGCGGGUUUUAUCUCCCGUUCUCUACCGCAAUUUCCUAUCAGAUCCGUCGCAUUCCUCGCAUUCCUUGGAUUAUCUACCAAAUGCAACUGGCUUCUGCUGCAGCUGGUAUCUGGACGUUCAUGCUGCCUGGCAUUGUCCUUGCAAUAGCAUCAUACCGACCUGAGCGUCCCGUUGAAAUCACACACGCGUUAAACGACUUCUUUUGGCUUGUUGCACUAAUGCCUUGGCCUACGUUUAUGGUCCAAAACUUUGCCUUCGCUUUCGCCAUUAUCUACGAUAACCGUAAGAUACCUCUCUUCCCGAAAGAGCUCGCCAUUUUCAACAUGAUAAUGCCAAUUAUUUUCGCCACGGCUACUGGGAUUCACACUCAACUUAGGGGCCCGUUUGCGUAUAAUGGCGUUAUCGCAUUCUACAUUGUCGGCUUUACCUUUGUCGUUCAGUUGAUUGUGGAUGGUAUUUUCUUGGCUCUCGCGGCGCGCAAUGAGCAGAGGGCCGAACAAGAGGGAAAGCUCGAGGAUUACGAGAACAACGUGGGAGGGAACUUGGGCCUUUCGAACAGUGCCUAA